AUGUCAGAAUUUACCAGUAUGGCGUUUGGCUCUGCCUGGGGAGUCAAAGAUUGGGAUGAAAGCAGUAUUGCCCCCAUCAUUGCUCGCGAAGUCCAAAACUCUUGGCGUGUCCGAGGGAUGGGUGAUUUUGCCGUUGGAGCGCGAGAAUGCGGCUCUGCUACAGGAAUGUUAGAGAAGUGGAAAGUAUUGCGGGAAGAUGAGAUACAAAAGUUGGAGGAUGUAAAGUGGAUAGGCUAUGUGGGAGUCAGAGACGCCACUACAACAUCCAUGGCUGUGGGAGAUACGUCUCAACCUACCACGCGUCCAUGGCAGCAGAUGAUUGAGUUGCGAUAUGGAUUCCACCCCGAGGUCUGGGGUAAAGGAUUUGGCACUGAAGCUGCGAAAGCGAUAAUGGGAUGGUGUGGGAAGUAUAUCGGGGCAGAGAGAUUUAUUGCAGAGAUUGAGAUUGAGAAUUUGGGGAGUGGGAGGGUAUUGAGCAAGAUGGGAUUUGAAGAGAUAGAGAAGGAGAAGGAGGUUAUUUGGGGUAUGGAGGGGACGAAGGAGUGGAAAAUUUGGGUGGGGAGGUGA